AUGGCUAUGGUGGCACAGCAACAUAGAGAGAGUAGCAGUGGGAGCAUGAACAAGCAUCUUGAUUGUGGGAAGUAUGUCCGGUACACAGCGGAGCAGGUGGAGGCUUUGGAAAGGGUCUAUGCCGAGUGCCCAAAGCCGAGCUCCUUGCGCAGGCAACAGCUGAUCCGAGAAUGCCCCAUUCUUUCCAACAUUGAGCCCAAACAAAUUAAAGUUUGGUUUCAAAAUCGAAGGUGUCGGGAGAAGCAGAGAAAAGAAUCUACUGGGCUUCAAAGUGUGAAUAGAAAAUUGACUGCUAUGAACAAGCUGUUGAUGGAGGAAAAUGAUCGCCUGCAGAAGCAGGUGUCACAACUGAUAAGCGAGAAUGGGUACAUGCACCAACAAUUGCAAACUGCACCAGUGGGAACUACUGAUCCAAAUUGCGAGUUGGCUGUCACCACUCCCCAGCAUUCUCUCAGAGAUGCUAACAACCCUGCUGGACUCCUCUCGAUUGCGGAAGAGACCUUGGCAGAGUUCCUUUCGAAGGCUACUGGAACUGCUGUCGAUUGGGUCCAAAUGCCUGGAAUGAAGCCUGGUCCGGAUUCAGUAGGGAUCUUUGCCAUUUCACAUAGAUGCCGUGGAGUGGCAGCUCGAGCAUGCGGUCUUGUAAGUUUAGAACCACCAAGGAUUGCAGAGAUUCUUAAAGAUCGAAAUAUUUGGUUCCGGGACUGUCGGAGCCUUGAAGUUUUCACUAUGUUUCAGGCUGGAAAUGGAGGAACAAUUGAGCUUCUCUAUACCCAGACGUAUGCGCCAACAAUACUGGCUCCUGCUCGUGAUUUUUGGACUCUGAGAUACACAACCACCUUAGAGAAUGGCAGUCUUGUGGUGUGUGAGAGAUCUCUUUCUGGUACUGGGGCUGGCCCAAAUCCAGCUACUGCUUCACAGUUUGUAAGAGCCGAUAUUCUUCCAUCUGGAUAUUUGAUCCGGCCAUGUGAUGGUGGAGGAUCAAUCAUUCACAUUGUAGAUCACCUUAAUCUUGGGGCUUGGAGCGUGCCAGAGGUGCUACGACCACUUUAUGAAUCUUCAAAAGUAGUGGCACAGAAAAUGACAAUUGCAGCAUUGCGAUAUAUUAGGCAGAUAGCCCAAGAGACAAGUGGUGAGGUGGUAUAUGGUCUUGGCAGGCAACCAGCUGUUCUGCGUACUUUCAGCCAGAGACUAAUCAGAGGCUUUAAUGAUGCGAUAAACGGAUUCAGUGAUGAUGGCUGGUCGAUAUUGAACUGUGGCGGUGCUGAAGAUGUUGUAGUUGCCGUUAAUUCAUCCAAGAACCUGAGCACUGGUACAAAUACAGUUUCCUUGCUUGGAGGUAUUCUCUGUGUGAAGGCGUCUAUGCUGCUUCAGAAUGUCCCUUCAGCAGUGUUAAUUCGAUUUCUAAGGGAGCAUCGAUCAGAAUGGGCAGACUUCAAUGUUGAUGCCUAUUCUGCUGCAGCCUUGAAAGCAAGCUCAUAUGCAUAUCCAGGAAUGAGGCCUACAAGAUUCACUGGAAGUCAAAUCAUCAUGCCACUUGGACACACAAUUGAACACGAAGAGAUGCUUGAAAUGAUUCGUUUGGAAGGAGAUCCACUCAGUCAUGAAGAUGCUUUUAUUUCAAGAGACAUUCAUCUCCUACAGAUGUGUAGUGGAAUUGACGAGAAUACAGUGGGGGCAUGCUCUGAGCUAGUUUUUGCUCCAAUUGAUGAAAUGUUUCCAGAUGAUGCACCUCUACUGCCUUCUGGUUUUCGAGUAAACCCGCUGGAUCCGAAACCAGGUGAUUUACAGGAUCCUUUGAAUUCGUAUAAAACUCUAGAUUUAACAUCAAGUCUCGACGUUCGCCCGGUUGCCAAGCAUGCCGCUGGAUAUGCGGCUUCGUCUUGCAGUGCACGAUCAGUAUUGACUAUUGCUUUUCAAUUCCCAUUUGAGAGAAAUUUACAGGACAAUGUUGCUACAUUUGCAUGCCAGUAUGUUCGUAGUGUGAUUUCCUCUGUACAGAGGGUUGCCAUGGCCAUAACCCCAUCAAGUUUGAGCCCUGCAAUUGGGCCAAAGCUGUCUAUGCACUCUCCAGAAGCUGUAACACUUGCACAUUGGAUCUGUCAGAGCUAUAGCUAUCAUGUGGGGGUUGAAUUGGUGCGAACCGACUCUUUGAAUGGUGAAUUAUUAUUGAAGACACUUUGGCAUCACCAAGAUGCCAUUUUGUGCUGCUCAUUGAAGGCACUGCCAGUUUUAACAUUUGCAAACCAAGCUGGGCUUGACAUGUUGGAAACAACUCUGCUGGCUCUCCAAGACAUAACAUUAGACAAGAUAUUUGAUGAUUCUGGAUGCAAAGCGAUGUUUUCAGAAUUAGCUAAGAUCACACAACAGGGAUUUUCUUACUUGCCUGGCGGGAUCUGUAUGUCAACAAUGGGACGCCAUGUCUCGUAUGAACAAGCCAUCUUGUGGAAAGUUGCAGCAGAAGAUAACUCUGUCCACUGCAUUGCCUUUGCUUUUGUUAAUUGGUCUUUCGUGUGA